AUGGUAAAACAGGCCUACUUUCAGCUAAAUAUCGCUAGUCUCCGCCGCAUCCAUCCUGUUACUAUCCUUAAUACCAGCGUUAAUCAUGGAACCAUCCAUCAAAUCGACGUUCAUCGUCGUCGUCCUUUGGUUGCCAGCGCUUGUGAUGACGGUACAGUACUCAUUGUACAUAGUACCGUAUCCGACGAUCUUCUCUCAAAGCCAGUAGUUUUACCGGUGAAAUUGAUUCACACUCAUCAGGGAGCCAAGACUAAAGACAUGAAAAUUGAUUCUGCGAUGGCUGUUUUCUCAACUAUUUUUCAUACUCGUCAGCCCCACGUUUAUACAGGCAGUGCAGAUGGAACAGUUCGACAGUUUGUCGAUUGGGAUUAA